AUGGAGGGUGGCUGGGGCUGGUUGGGGGAGCGGCAGGCCUCGGACGAUGGGGAUGACGUCCAGCCGGGAAUGGAGCAGGCCUCGGACGAUGGGGAUGACGUCCAGCCGGGAAUGGAGCAGGCCUCGGACGAUGGGCCGACGUCCAGCCGGGAAUGGAGCAGGCCUCGGACGAUGGGCCGACGUCCAGCCGGGAAUGGAGGGUGGCUGGGGCUGGUUGGAGGAGGGCAGGCCUCGGACGAUGGGGCCGACGUCCAGCCGGGAAUGGAGCAGGCCUCGGACGAUGGGGAUGACGUCCAGCCGGGAAUGGAGCAGGCCUCGGACGAUGGGCCGACGUCCAGCCGGGAAUGGAGGUAA